UGCUCCCACCCCGGCUCUGAAGCCAGGAAACCCAAGAGGAAAUGACUGAGCCUGUCUUGGUCCCCGCCCGCCGCGCUCCCCUGGCCACACCCUCCGCCUGGACGCAGCCACCUCGCUGCCCUCUCUCCACGAGGCUGCGGCCCGGGACCCCGGCUCUGACAUGUCGCCCUCUGGUCGCCUGUGUUUCCUCACCAUCGUCAGCCUGAUUCUCCCCACCAGAGGGCAGACAUCGACGGAGGCCACAUCCACUUCUGUAGCAGACCCAACUGCUGUGACUGUUCAUACCUUGACUCAAACCCCAGACACAGUCCACCCGGACCUGCAGCCCACGCCUCAGACCUCAGCCCUGCCGGCUGCUGUAGAAACAACCCCGAACAAGUCGGAGAAGGAGACCCAGACGCAGCGACUGACGGGAACAGAGGCACUUCUGACAACGGAUCCGGGGACGGACAGGAGCCGCACGGAAGGUAGAGCCCGGGACUGGAACGGCACCACACAAGUUUUGUUUAAUUCUCUAUCUGGGUCAGCGUUUCCCCAGUGCGUUUCUCAGAGAGCCCACUCGGGGAAUUCUUCCAGCCGCUCCACCAAUCCCACUGAAAGCACCACAACCUCCAAGAGGCGAUCUCCACGCAAAGAUGUGAAGACGGACCCCGCCCCCAGGCCGGCUGUCACUCUGCAAACCUGUGCUGAACGCCGCCUUGCUCCCUGUCUGCCCCCUCCAGGUUCCAGCGAGGACGACCCCUUCUCCUAUGACGAGGACACUCUCCGGAAACGGGGGCUGCUGGUCGCGGCCGUGCUGUUCAUCACGGGCAUCGUCAUCCUCACCAGUGGCAAGUGCAGGCAGUUGCCCCGAUUAUGCCGGAAUUACGACAGGUGAGUCCAUCGGAAGUGGGGCCGACGACCCGAUGGGCACCGAGACUGAGCCCCACCGGCCCCCUCCUCCCUGCAGA